AUGAGCAAAUACCCACAAAAUGGGACGGAUGAAUUUAUUCUAGGUGACAAAUAUGAACAGAAUAUUACGAAAACACUAGGCAUUGUAUGGAAUACAAAUAACGAUAGUCUGCUCUAUAACAUCAAAUCACCUGAAAUUGAAGCGAUCACCAAAAGACGCAUGCUUUCCCAGAUUGCUGCAAUAUUCGACCCACUUGGUAUGAUAUCACCAAUAAUUAUACGUGCCAAACUACUGAUGCAAGAAAUAUGGAAAUCUGGACAAGAUUGGGAUGUUACUCUUCCGGAAGAAAUUCGCAAGGAAUGGGCGAAACUGACUCAAGAACUUCCAACGCUUCGUGAAAUAUGCAUACCAAGAUGGAUACAACACAAAAAGGGUUCAAAGAUGGAAAUUCACGCUUUUUGUGAUGCUUCUUUGAAAGCAUACGGUGCUGUGGUUUACUCCAAAACUAUCGAUGACAGCGGGCAGAUCCACGUCAGUCUCUUAGUAUCCAAAUCCAAGGUGGCCCCCAUAAAAAACAAGAAAACUCUUCCAAAGCUAGAAUUAUGUGGAGCCGUUCUAUUAGCGAAGCUCGUACACAGAACGAUCAAAGCCCUGGACAUUCAAGAAAUCCCUGUGCAUGCAUAUUCCGAUUCGACGAUUACACUAGCUUGGAUAAAUGCUGAUGCCGCAAGGUUACCUGCGUUUGUUGACAACAAAGUUCGAGAGAUAAAACAAUUAAUUGGCAAGGUCAAAUGGUAUCACGUUCGGUCUGAAAACAAUCCCGCUGAUUUAAUAACCCGAGGAAUAACGGCAUCAAAACUAAUUAGUCACAAAUUAUGGUGGAAUGGUCCAGAUCAACUAAGUCAAAAUCCCACAAAUAUUCAGGAAAUGAUACAAAGCUCAACAUCCGCUAACGCACUAGACACCUCAAAAAGUAUAAAUAGUUUGACUACAACCACCAUUGAAGAAAAUCCAUGCAUCCAAGAUACUUUGGAUAUCUUAUUACAGAAAUUUGAAUCAUGGGAGAAAACCAUAAGAGUAACAGCCUACUGCCUGAGGUUCAGCAACAAAUGCCAGAAACAACACAACGCUACAGUAUUUCUGUCAAGAGACGAACUACAAAAAGCAACACUAAUACUUCUACGAAAAAUCCAAUACAACGAAUAUUCGUCCGAAUUUAAGGAUUUAAGCAACGAUCGACCUCUGAGUAAAAAAAGUAGUAUCUUGAGUCUAAACCCCUUCCUGGAUAACCAACAAUUGAUGCGGGUAGGAAGGAGGACGUCUGCAAAAUUCAGCGCUAAGAUACGACGAGAAGCAUCCUAUCAUUAUACCCAAUAG